AUGCAUUUCCUACUAGAGCGCCAAAAGCCACCACUGCAGCCGCAACGCCAACGCUGUGUUCCCACAAGGCUCGACACUAGCAAUCCCACGGAUACCGUUGAUCAGAACCACGGCCUCGGUGAUCUCAGUUUCUUGCUGCCUUCUCGCCCUAUGAGUAUUGCGACCACCGCUAUGACAUCAACCACUAUGGACGAUGGUUUCGAGCCUCACACACCAUCUGGACUGGGCUUGAAUCGCCGAUGGCCGGAAAAGGAACAAGUAGAGUUGCGAAUCCAGCCAAAUACUCCGGCUGGUCGCGACAGCACACGAUAUAAUUCACAGCAGUAUCAUGACCUACUCAGUGAAAUCGAUACUGAAUGUCUCUUCCCUGACGACGCCUUCUCUACAUCGGACCGUCGACCGUCCUCUUCCCGAAGUCAUCUUCUUCAUUGGCGACGCAAUCCAAGUGCCAGUUCAGAUCCCAAACAACCAAGGAUCUCUUCGGAUGAUCAACCUCCAGCAUCUGAUAGUCGACCUUCAGCAACGAUUACGAGGAAAGAAUUCGAAUCUCUUCCACCAACGAUUCAACGCAAAUACUUCUCAACUAUCGAGCGAUCCCAACUAGCACACUCUCCAGACUCAGGACGUCAUCAACGAUCCGGAAGCAUCGGCCAAGAUCAACUUCUUACCCCCUGGUCAUCACUCCCAAAGCCUAGAAGGAGCUACGAGCACCAAGAAAGACCCAUUACUUCGGAUGACUCUUUAUUACACUCAGAUCGUCCGUGGAUUGCUUCUACAGACCAACGAUUCUACGCCAAUCUUCCCGAAAAGAUAAAACGCCGGCAUCUCACUGACGAGGAGCUUUUAUUUGCCUAUCAAUCGCAAAAAUCACCCUGUGAAUUGAAAGAACUGCCGUCAGAGAAGAUUGACAGUGAACGUCAGUCACUAGACAUCAUGAUGCAGUCUCCUCUCCAAAGUCCCCGGCUAUCUGGUGGUCGAUCCCCGUACUCUAGCAUGCUGCCACGACAAAGCGACAAGUCAACAUCAAGCUCAGAGACUAAAAGACCGGAUUCUUUUUACGAUAGUUUUCGGUGGUUGGAUGACGAGGAAGGACUGGAUCUUCGUCUAUAUCUGGAUGAUUAUCACAUCGGCCUGCGCGAAGAGGUACCAGUUCCAAACAAGAGCAGAAGGCCGUCGUUUCGUCGUCACAUUUCCAUUAACAAGCUACCCUUUGGGAGGCCUUCUAUGACUGGCGACAGACCUAGCCAAGAAGUUCCACAGUCCCCGACUGCCAUCGCCCCGUCCGUUUCACACAGCUCAGGUGUUGGAUCGUUUGGCCACGGCCGAAAGAAGUCAAGAUCUCGAGCGUUGUCGUUGAUAUCCGCCAACAGACAAACACCUAUGGCUUCUCCCUUAGCGUCUCCAAUUGACCCUGCCGCAACUUACUAUCAAGACCCUGAGGCUCGCAAGAAGCUGCGAGAAUGCCUGGCAUCACCACAGAAGUUCGACGAGGCCAUCGAGUUCGGAUUCUUUUCCAAGGAUGGAGGGUCAAGGCCUCAAACAGGAGUUUUCACUAAGAAUGCUGCUCAUCAAGACAAACUACGCAGCUUCUUGGAGGAUGACCGGUCAUCAAAGUACAGCGAUGAUGCUUCAGCAGCCGAGCCUGAUUCUCCCAAGACACCCCAGCUAUUUGAUAGGGCACCUCGCAUUCCAUCUUCAAGAAACAGCGUCGAACACUCUUCUCGCUCAAAGGCGGAUAAAUACAUGCCAGACACAGCAGCGAGCCGAGAAAUGACGCUCCGCAUGACCUUGACGAGACCGGAUCUUCGUCAAAGCGAGGAUCAAAUCUAUGGCUGGAAGCAGGGCAGCAGUCGCGGGGGUCCAAGCCGUGACGAACCUGCCUUGAGUCCAGCCAUGUAUUCUCGUGAUGGAAACCCCAAGCAGAGCAUAGAAAAGCAACUCGCUGCUCUAGACCAGUGGGAAGAUCACCAAGAACAAGACACUGGCGCUGUGAAAAGACUCUGGAAUCGAGUCAGGCGAUCGUGA